ACUUACAGAGCCGCUUUGUCGGCGUUAACGGAUAAGAACGAAAUAGCGUUUCCUAUCCGCGGAAGGCAGCCCAAAAUCUGCACUGUUAAGGAGGCCUUCGACCAUAUCAAGUCAGGUGACAACAUUUUCGUGCAUGGCAUGGCAGCCACGCCAACGCCUCUACUGAAGGGUUUCUGUGAACACGUGAAGGCGAACAACUUAACGGGCAUCAAACUUCAGCACUUGCUUCUUGAAGGAGAGACGCCGUGGAUUGAAUCAGAUCUGAAAGAUCGAAUUCGCUCCAAUUCACUCUUCACUGGUGGCAAUCUCAGGAGGGCUGUCAAUGAAGGUGUUGCCGAUUUCAACUCGUGUUUUCUGCAUGAAAUUCCCAUGCUUUUUCGUAGAGGAGCCAUCAAGCUCAACGCCGCCAUAAUCAUGGGAAACGCAUUUGGUUUCUGUUCACUGGGCCCAUCUGUAGAUAUAACGAGAGCAGGAGCAGCGAAUGCUGGCUACAUUAUUGGUCAGUGA